AUGGCUACGCAGGUGUUGAUUGCCCAUACGGGCCAGCGUCUCGAGGUCGAUGCUUCACAAUUCUCGACCAUCGAUGAGUUGAAAUCAUGGGUCUCUCAACACAGCUCCGUGCCACUCCAGCACAUUGUUGCUCUGACGCCCCAAGGUCGCAGCGUCAAGUCAACUAACCUCCAUGCCGAGAAAGAGCUGUAUGUGUACGAUAUCCGAGUCACGCACGAAUCAUCUUCCAGUACGUUAGCCUCACUGGUUCCCGACACGCCGCUGCCGCCGCGGCUAUCAAUGCCGAAUGCCCCGAACUCCAUAGACGAUGUGCAAGCUAUUUCAUCGUGGCAGGGUCUGUAUCAAGAACGCCGCGCCUGGGCUCUCAACUUGGCGGCGGAAUGUGCCCGCCUAAACUCGGAGGCUGUGGCUCGAUAUGAUGAGAUGGAUGUUAUGAUCAAGUGUCUCGAUGCCGCCGUCGCAAACCUCGAGAUCAGCGUCAAGCAGAUUGAGCCCAAGUACAACGAACUAAAGAAAUGGGUAGAUCCCGCCUUGGCAGAGCACGAAACCCUAGCCUCAAUGUGGGAACACCAUAUUCGACUUGCGCGAAACACUCCUGUAUCGCCGGCCAUGGUCAACUUCAUGACGCAGGGAAAAGUAGCCAAGGGUAACGUCACACUGGAAGAUCUCAUCGAGCCAGAGACAGCCAGAAAGGCUGCAAAGCUUGCCCCCACGGCUCGCCGGAGGUUUGGGGAGAAGGCGGCCACAUUAGACAAACUCGCAUCCCAAAUGUAUCAAGGCCUCGCGGAGCUCAUUGCAGACUUUGACAAGACGAUGAAUUCUUCGGCACUAGGUCACAGCACUGACUCGACGCAACUGCUUGAUGAUAUUGAGGCCGUGGUCAGGCAGAUUGACUCCGAUUAUCGUACUGCCCUGGGGUACAGCGGUUCCCAGAGAGAUCUUGCUCAGGUGUCCAAAACAGCAUCGAAUCAUACCGAACGACUAGUCCCAUCUCUGAAGAAGCGGGCUAAGGAAAUGGAUGAAUUAGUUCAGUACGCCACAGAGGCUCGAAAUUCCGUUGCCUCGGAGUCAGUUAGCUGCAUGCGGACUAUCACCGACGUAACCUCUCUACAUACCAACUUACGAAGCCAAAUCAACGUUCUCAACCAGUCCGAGGAUGACAUGACCACCUUUGAUUACCUCCGACUCAUCCAUCAACUACCCUACAUGUACGCAUCGUUCGUCGUCGAAGCGAUUCGCCGCCGUGAAUGGGUUGACAAGGUCAAGACUGAUUCUUCUACACUCGCCAACGAAAUGGCGCUGUUUCAGGAUGAGGAAUCCAAAAGGCGAAGAAAAUGGCACAAGAUGGUCGGAAGCAUGUAUGGGCCGGCCUCGGAUUCGCACGUUAUAGGCCUUGAGGUGAACCUUUUGGGAGAAGACUUGCCGUGGCCCUCAAUAAAUAAGGAUGAUUUGGACACUUUCCUCCAGACCCUUAGGGAACAGGAAACGGAUCAUAUCAUUCUCAAGGACAUUGAAAAGCUCCUUCAAGAGCUUCACAGUCCCACAAAGCAGCAGUCAAGACGGCUCAAGGCAUUUAAGAAUGGCAGUGUCCACGAAGCGGCUCUAGGCAGAAGUGGGCUUUUGAUUCGCGGGGAUGAUGAUCUACUUCGCUCCUUGCAGGACGACAAGUCCAAGAUGGAAAGCAAGUUGAAGACAGCCGAAAGCAGAGUCAGGCGUCUAGAAGAUUUGCUCCAUAGGCAUAGCCAAGCAUCCCGGCCCGGCAACUUGUUUCAACCUCAGAAUCACCAGCCGCGCGAGCGUCGCGACUCGACUUCGUCUGUCAGAUCAAAUCGGCGGCCUUCCGACGGUGCUGAUCCUCUUCUACGAAGAAUUACUCAGCUAGAAAAUGAGCUUCGUGAGGAGAAACAAAAGUCGACACGCAUCCAGAGAGACCUCAGCACCCGAGUCACGGAGCACGACGACAUGAAGGACCAGAUACAAGAAGCCAAUUCUACCAAGAAAGAUCUGCUUGGAAACAUGGAGGCUUUGAAGCGCGAGUUCCUGGAGGAGAGGAAAUCCCUUGAGGACGAAAUCAAGUCACUCAAGGGUCGUUUGGAAGAAAAUGAAGACGAGAUGGAACACUUUGACGCAUCUCGCGAGAACGAGAAGGCUACAUUCGAUGGUAAGAUUCAAGAACUCGAAUCGCAAGUCGAAAAGCUGGCAAAGGAAAAGAUGGAUGAGGCUUUGAAAGCACAGGGCCAGGUCGAGUACCUUCGGAAAGAAGCGCAAAAGCACCGCGAACAGUUGGACACGUCAUUUCGUCAGGCACAAGAGGCUAGUGAGGAAGUGGCCAUCCUGUCAAAGAAACUCAGGGAGGCAGAAGAACUCAACCAAAGCCAACUCCAUUCACUCCAUAAAAUCCACGUCGAAUUAUGUCCCGAAGAAGAAACUCCCGCUGAUCUGUCGGAUCUGGUGGAGUCGUCUCUGUCCCGCAUUGCAAACCUCACAGCCAAAUUGCAGAACACUGAAAGUGAUUCGGCCAUGGUCAAGGCAGAUCUACAGCAUGCGUUGGCAUCUGUCAAGGAGUUGAAGGCGGAAAUAAUUGACACAAGGGCGAAGCUCACUAAGGAGGAGGACGGCGUGGUGCAACUGCGCGAAAGUGUGUCAGAAGAGAAAUCUAGGGUGGCUGCUCUUGAGAAUGAACUUGCGAACGCCCGAGAUGACCUCAGUCAAUUACGAGCGAGGCUGUCAGCCGGUGAAACUGGUUCCGAAACUCUACAAAAGAAGCUCGAGUCAGAAGAGAGGAAGGUUAGCCAGCUAACGGAAGACCUAGCGUCUCGUCAGUCGCAAGUUGGCAGUCUGGAAGAGGAACUCCACUCUAUCAAGCAAAGAAUGGAGGACAUGCAGAUCAGGUCCUCGGCAUUGACCGCUCAAUAUGAUGCACGAGACUCGCGAACCAAGGACCUCACGCAGAGACUGUACGCUCAAAGCGAACGUCUGAUACGUCUUCUUGAACGUUGUGGAUACACGGUCGCGAGAAAGCCCGGGGAGAUGAUCAUCGCCAAAGUUGCUCGGUCGGACCGUGCUGCCCAGAACCCUAACGAUUCCUCGGACCCCGGAAAUUCGCUACGUCGUUCCGUCAGCCUGGGAACUAAGUCGAUGGUGGAUAGUGCAGAUCUGGAGUUGAUGUAUUGGAUGGAUGCGAGCGACGCAGCUUCUGAGUCUGAGAAAUAUAGUGCAUUUUUGGAAAAGCUUGGGUCCUUUGACACGGAAGUCUUCGCCGAAACCAUGUACGUGCGAAUCAAGGAAGCGGAGCACAAGGCGCGAAAGUGGCAGCGAGAAGCCAGAGCAUACAGGGAUCGAGCACAUACUCAACAGAAAAACGCACACGAGAAGAUUGCCUUCAAGAACUUCAAAGAAGGUGAUCUGGCCCUGUUCCUGCCUACGCGUAACCAGCAGGCGGGGGCGUGGGCAGCUUUCAAUGUGGGAUUCCCUCAUUAUUUCCUUCGCGAAACAGAAGCGCACCGUCUCCGUCAUAGAGAGUGGCUUGUGGCCAGAAUAUCUCGCAUCCAGGAGCGUGUAGUUGACCUGUCCAAGAGUCUUCAGCCAACAAAUGAUUCCGAGUCUUUCAACGACGACGAGAAUGACAACCCCUUCCAGCUAUCAGAUGGCCUACGAUGGUAUCUCCUUGAUGCACAGGAGGAUAAGGCCGGCGCACCAUCCACACCCGGAAUGGGCAAGUCAACCGUUGCUUCCAAUAAAGUUGAAGCAACGGCCGACAUUCAGUCCCUUCCGAUCAAGGCAAGAGGCAAGACCCGAGACAGCAUCGCUAGCAUCGAGGGGAUCAACAAGAGCCUGUCAAAGAGCUUGGAGAGCAGAGGUAGCAGCUCUGGAUCGAAGAAGACUCUGCCGUUCGCAACAGCUGGUGGGACAGCAGUGCUGAGGAGCAGUGCCUUGGCCAGCGAAACAAACUCCCUGCGAGGAGUUGCGCCAGAUUCCCCGGCCGCAACGAGUCCCGUGCAGGCAGGACCCUUGUCAAAUGGCCAGUUUCAAGCCGGCAGCUCAGAGAACAUGACGGGCAAGGAGAAACGGAAGGACAUGUCGAGCAACGGAGGAGGCGGUCCACAGGCUGGAGAGUCGUCGGCAGCGGGAGCCGCCGGAAGCUCUUCCGAGGUACAAAAUGUCGACACCCUGCUGGACCAGUAA